UCUAUGACUGCGCGUACGAGGAGGGGAAACCACCGCCAUGCGAAUAUUUGAUACUUUAAUCGUCUCUAUAAACCGCCCCUCAUGCGUUUCAGAUUAUCCAGCUGUAUUUGGCUCUUCCGGUUGAGUAGCCAUACCGUUGAACUGCGGUUGUCAGCGUGUACCGCUACUCGCCGCUUCAGACCGACUUUACACACCGCCCUUCCUUUACUCUUCGCCCGGAAAUUAACGAUGCAGUCGAGGCAAAAUGUGACCACCAGCAGCAGUUGCCGGGAGGAGGGCUUGGGCAGAGCGGAGAAGCCAGGGCCGGAGCUUUUCACCAACAUCCCGUCCGUCAUAGCAGAAGAUGCGGGUCCUCCGGUGGUGAAUAAACUACUGGGGAACACGCUUGUCGUUAACGAGAGAAACUUGAGGACCCCGAGCCCCCUGUUUGGGGCCGACGGUGAUGACGACUCGGAGGCAGAGGCUUUCCGGGAUGGGAGAAGUGAGGAGGUGGACCGGGACACCAGGGACAAGGCGUUUGCUUGGUGCCAAGACUUUCUGUCAGGGUCGUGGAAGAACAUCAGAGAGAGUGAUUUUCAGAUCAGCAUCGUCAGUGGUGGACUGAGUAACCUGCUGUACCUCUGUAGUUUGCCUGACCAUGUGCACUGUGUGGGAGAGGAACCCCGCCAGGUGCUCCUCAGAAUCUAUGGAGCCAUCUUACAGGGGGUGGACUCCCUGGUGUUGGAGAGUGUGAUGUUUGCCAUCCUGGCAGAAAGAACUCUUGGACCAAAACUUUACGGCAUCUUCCCCGAUGGACGCUUGGAACAGUACUUUCCGAAUACCCGCAUGCUCACAGAUCAACUCUCCGAUUCGUCCAUAUCAGCUGAGAUUGCCACCAAGUUGGCACGUUUCCAUGAAAUGAGCAUGCCCUUCAACAAAGAGCCUAAGUGGCUGUUUGGGACCAUUGACAAAUACAUGGAUCAAGUGAUGAAGAUUAAUUUUGUGCGUGAAGCACAUGUGAAGAAGUACAAGAAGCUGAUGAAGUUUGACCUGCCUGCUGAGCUGGAGAGCCUCCGCACGUUGUUGGCAGCAACUCCUUCACCAGUGGUUUUCUGCCACAAUGACGUCCAGGAAGGUAACAUUCUGAUUCUGGAAGAACCGGACCCCAACUCAACAGAAAGACUCAUGCUGAUCGACUUUGAGUACAGCAGCUACAACUACAGGGGCUUUGACUUUGGGAACCAUUUCUGUGAGUGGGUAUAUGACUACACCUAUAACCAGUGGCCCUUCUACAAAGCCACUCCAGAGAACUAUCCCACCAGAGAACAGCAGCUUCAUUUUAUCAGAAGUUAUUUGGCUGAACAGAGAAAAUACUCUACUCCUGAUACUACUGACAUUACCAGGGACCAGACACAGAUAGAAGAGGACAUGAUCACUGAAGCCAACAGGUAUGCACUGGCAUCACAUUUCCUGUGGGGCCUGUGGUCCAUCAUUCAAGCAAAGAUGUCCAAGAUUGAGUUUGGAUACAUGGACUAUGCUCAGUGUCGUUUUGAUGCCUACUUCAAGCAAAAAAAGCUCUUCUCCUGAUUUCCACCAUGUUCAUCACAGUCUAAUGUCUCUUUGUUGUGUUCUUGAACUCCAGUCCUAUGCAGCUCUGCUUGUGACAUGCAAGGUUGGGUGAAAGAUAGACGUUUACAUUUGAACACAAUGCAGACAAUCUCUUUUAUUGAAGCACCUUUCCGUCUAGUGUGAAAUUCUCUUGGAGCAGACGUAGCUCGAAAGCAUUGAAUGUUGUUGUCAUAACUUGAAGGGCUGAUGGUCAGUUAUUGUCACGGACAGUGCUGGCUGCCAGAGGAUUCAUGUCUUUUCAUUUCAGACCGUACCUCUUACUGUUAUAGUCAUUUUUGUUGUCCUAAACCAGUAGUAUUGAGUUUAGCGUGGACGUUUUUUAUACAUCUCUUUAGUGUUUUAGUCAUUCUACCUCACUUCAUUCUUCUGAUGUUCAUUCUGCGUUAUGGUAUUCUUUCAAGGUCCAAUUAAGUUAAAAACGUUCCUACAUUCAACAAAUUACUGCACGAGGGCUAUUUUAUACAGUAUCACUGUAGUCAACUAUACUGUUAAUAUAACCAUUUGAACAGUUAAAAAGUUUAAAUUAGCAAUGUUGUAUCUGUAAACUGUAUGUUUCUACUACACCUUUACCGUCCACCUGUCAUCUAUGUAUCAUUCUGUACUGAUGAUUAUAUUAAGAGCUUUUUCUUUCUUUUUUUGUGUCUUUGCUAAGAACCAUAACAUGGAACAUCUGCCUAUUUUAUUAGUUUAACUUAAAAAGUCCAUUAGACACGUACUAUACUAUAUGCAACCACAUCAACCUGAAUUGAUUAAAUUAGAUCCAACAAUAAUCAAAAACUGUAUUUUAAUAAAGUCAAAUCAUGGUGAUUUGAAUGUGAAAAUUCCUUUAUAAUUCUUUUUAUUUUUCUUUAUUUAGACUGACUCGUGUAUUUUGACAGAAUGUACUUCCAUCAGUUAACAUCACGAUAUCCUUGUUUUACAUGUAGCCACAUCCUUUUACCGAAGAGAAGGAAAUAGAAGCUUGACUGUGCCUCAUUUACUAUUUACAGUGUUCAAGUACUGUUUUAUUCUGUUAAAAUGUAUCUGCAUUAUGUCGGUCCCCUUUGCACUACUAAAAUUUUCAAAGCAAAUUAAACAUGCUUAGAACUGUA